UAUUCCUGCUCCUGGGAUUUUCUCAGUGAAGGCAAAGCUGCGCUCCUGUACAGGAGACCCACUUAGUCUCUGGGUUCGGCAAUGACUGUGACAUACACAGCCCGUGUGGCCAAUGCCCGAUUUGGUGGCUUCUAUAAGCUGCUGUUGCUCUGGCGCGGAAGCAUCUACAAGUUGCUCUACAAGGAGUUCCUGGUCUUCUUUGUCUUAUACGCAGGACUCAGCAUCACCUAUCGCUUUGUCUUACCCGAAGAUCAGAAACGAUAUUUUGAAAAGCUGGUCAUUUACUGCGACAACUAUGCCAAUCUCAUUCCCGUCUCCUUUGUUUUGGGCUUCUAUGUGACGCUGGUGGUGAACAGGUGGUGGAGCCAGUACACCUGCAUGCCGAUGCCAGACCGGCUGAUGUGUGUUAUCUCUGGGACUGUGCAUGGCACUGAUGAACGUGGGCGGCUUUAUCGGCGGACACUCAUGCGGUACAGCAGCCUGUCAGCAGUGCUGAUACUGCGCUCGGUCAGCACCGCUGUGUUCAAGCGCUUUCCUACCAUUGACCACGUAGUGGAGGCAGGGUUUAUGACACGGGAGGAGCGCAAGAAAUUUGAGAACCUGAACUCUUCCUACAACAAAUAUUGGAUCCCUUGUGUCUGGUUUACAAACUUAGCUGCACAGGCACGCAAAGAGGGCCGUAUACGUGACAAUAGCGCCUUCAAGCUGCUCAUGGAGGAAUUGAAUGUUUUCCGAGGCAACUGCAGCAUGCUCUUCCACUAUGACUGGAUCAGCGUACCACUAGUCUACACACAGGUGGUCACUAUUGCUGUAUACAGCUUCUUUGUAGCUUGUCUCAUUGGGCGGCAAUUCCUUGACCCAGCCAAGGGUUAUACAGGACAUGAUCUGGAUCUGCACAUCCCUGUUUUUACCCUGCUGCAGUUUUUCUUCUACGUUGGAUGGCUCAAGGUGGCUGAGCAGCUCAUCAACCCUUUUGGGGAGGAUGAUGAUGAUUUUGAAACCAACCUACUGAUUGACAGAAAUUUGCAGGUCUCCAUGAUGGCUGUGGAUGAGAUGUAUGGGGAUCUGCCCCUCUUGGAAAAGGAUCGCUAUUGGGAUGCCUCAGACCCUCGAGCCCCAUACACAGCAGCCACUGUUUCCAUGCUGCAUCACCCAUCCUUCCAGGGAUCCACCUUUGACAUAACCCUGGCCAAGGAAGAUAUGCAGUUCCAGCCUCUAAAGGAGAUUCCAGAGGGCCUUGAGCAUGGCCACCAUGUUCCCGCUCACCUCCUGAACCGCUUCCUUUCCACAGCCCCUGCACCUGGUGGCUUUGGACGCCGACUGUCUCUGUUGAGGCGCAAGAACAGCUGCGUCUCUGAAACAUCCACAACCUACAGUUGCCUCUGUCAGGACACACAGACCACGGGCUGCAGCUGUGGGCCUCCUGGGCAGUCUCUGCCUGUCAACAGUGUCCACUUUGAGGGAGAUGGGGAGCCUGGCCCUGAUGCCACUGAUCUAGCCACAGACAUGCACGAUGACCUCCCCGAGGCCCAUGAUGACAAGCUGAGCGACCCAACUUACAGCUUGCUGGGCCAUAAGAGGGCUCAUAGCCAAGAGGCACUGUCCCUUCUGGAUACAUCUGUUCCAGCUACAACUGGUGCCUCUUCUCAGCCUCUCCCAGACUAUGGCCCUUCAGAUACUCCCUUCUUUCAUCCCCCAAAGGAGUUCCCCAGCAAAGGCCUUCCUCCAGCCAGCUACCCUCCCUGGCUACAGAGCCCCAUUGAGGAGGAAAAUGUGGCAUGA